AUGCCUCUCCGCGGACCCGUACCGGUGAAGCUCUACACAAAGGAGAACAGCGAGUGCCUGAAGCUGGGCCCCAUGACGAUUUACAUCUUCGAGGACGGGACCAACACGGAUAACCGCGUCGGGUGUAUGACGCUCGAGCUGCCGCCGGCGACGUCCGGGCCGCCGAUGCAUUGGCACCGGUUCCACGACGAGUGCUUUUUUGUGACCAAGGGGACGAUCCGGUUUUCGACGCCCGAGGGGAACGUGGAUGCCGAGGAGGGCCAGUUGAUGGUCGUGCCGCCGAGGGCGAUCCACACGUUUUCCAACCCGUCCGAGACGCACCCCGCAGAGUUCUUCAUGACGUCUACCCCAGGAUACUACAUGGAUUACUUCCGUAUGAUGGCCAAGGGAGUCGAAGAGGGUAAGAAGUUGUCCCGCGACGAGACGCAGCAUCUCAUGGCGCUGUUUGGAACGUUCCCGCCGGAUGUGGAGUCAGAGCCGUGA